AUGAAUCGUGAUGAUAUCGUAAUACAAAAAGCUGAUAAAGGAAACACAGUAGUAUUGUUGAACAAAGAUAGUUAUAUUGUAGCUGUUGAGUCCCUUCUCGAUGAUGAUACAAAAUUUGCUAAAUUGAACAUUCCUCCUGGUAAGGACAUUAAUUAUAUAAUUAAUAUAAAAAAUAGAUUGAGGAAUUCCUAUAGAUUUUUAUUAAACAAUAAUUAUAUCGAUGAAACUACGUACAAGAAACUUUGUCCCAGUGGGUCCAAUCCUGGUGUUUUGUAUGGUCUAGCCAAAGUACAUAAACCUUGUGUUAAUGGCGUACCUAAGUUUCGUCCUAUUCUUUCUGCUAUUGGUACUCCCACGUACAAGCUUGCAAAGUUUCUUGUACCUAAGCUUGUAAGUCUCACUAUCAAUGACUAUACCGUGAAAGACUCCUUCAGUUUUGCGUCAGAAAUUGUUCAGCAGAAUCCUAACUGUUAUAUGGCUAGUUUUGAUGUUAAUUCACUUUUUCCGAAUAUUCCAUUACAUGAAACGAUUGUUAGGGCCUACACUGGCCAAUAUUUUUAUGUGUCAUUAUGA